GAGAACAACAGAGAACAACAGAAGUGGAAGGGAAGAGCGAAGAGGGUGAGCCGCGCGUGUCUCUCUCGUGGUGUGUCAUGGGGUGUUUCGGCAGCCAGAGUAGUAAGGCCAGCCAGGAUGACAGCAAGAACCAGAAGAGGCGCUCGGAUGCCAUUACCAGGCAAUUGCAAAAGGAUAAGCAAGUUUACCGAGCUACCCACAGGCUCCUUUUGCUUGAUGCAGCGCGUCUCUCUAUAUCUAUGGACGCGUGUGUGUCAGAGACGGAGAAAAUUUCCGCUAGAAUACCAGUUGAAUCGGCUUCGAUCACCAAUUUUGGACAAAAAGCGAAUCCGGUCAGAGGAUAGGCCGAACAUUAUCGCGAUGUUCAGCAGCGCACGAUGUGCUUUCUUUUCCAGACGAUAAUUAGCGCGAUGAGCACGCUAACGCCACCCGUUGCUUUGGAGGAUCCGGCGAAUCAGAGUAGAGCCGACUAUAUCGUGGAUGUCUCGUCCGCCACGGACUUCGAUUAUCCCCCGCUGACUGGAUUCAUGGACAGGUGUUGUAGAAACCUCUGUCAGAUCCGAGAGAAUAAUGAUUUCUCGUGUGCCAAGAAGAUCAAGCCGGGAUUUCGAGAGCUGCGAAAUCCGCGAGCCGUGAGCUCCGAACCGCGACGUGGCAGAUCUCGAAAUAAAGUCGUCGCGACAAAA